AUGAACAACUACCCAGCAGAACCCUUAAAAACCCUUAUAGAUUCUGGAGCAACCUCCAAUUUCAUCUCCCCAACCAUAGUGGAAAAAUAUAAAAUCCCAAAAACCCAGCUUGAAAAUCCACAAGUUGUGAGAAUGCUAGAUGGUACAAUAUCCCAGACUGGUUGCAUAUGGCACCAGGUUCAUCUCACAGUUUUGGCCAAUGGCCAUAUCCACUCUAUACCCUUUCUUGUUUGCCCCAUUGGCAAUAACCCAGCAAUCCUUGGCAUGACUUGGUUAACCGCAGAAGCCCCACUUAUUGAUUGGCAACAAGGUCUUGUCACCUUUCCAGAACAGGUACAAAUUGCCUCUGAGGAAGAAGCCAAUCCUAAUCCCCUAUCAGACCUUCCAGCCCAAUAUCAUGAGUUUGCCAAAGUAUUUGGUGAAGAGGAGUUUAAGGUGUUACCACCUCACUGGGAAUAUGACAUUGCUAUCAACCUCAUCCCUGAAGCCAAGCUCUCUCCUGGCCCAAUCUAUGGUAUGACUGACGCGGAAUCCAAAGCACUCAAACAGCAUAUUGAUGAGGAAUUGGCAACAGGCAAGAUCCGCCCCAGCACCUCAUCUGCUGGUGCCCUGGUCAUGUUUGUGAAAAAGGCAGAUGGAACAUUACAAUUGGUGGUUGAUUAUAGGAAGUUGAAUGAUGUCACACACAAAAACGUAUAUCCACUACCUAGGCAAGAUGACCUGAUGGCUAAAUUAAGGCACACAAAGAUCUUUACAAAACUGGACCUCCAAUGGGGCUACAACAAUGUCCAGAUCAAAGCAGGAGAUGAAUGGAAGAUGGCCUUCAGAACAAAAUACGGGCUAUUUGAAUAUUUGGUAAUGCCUUUUGGGCUUACUAACGCCCCCACUGCCUUCCAGCACUUGAUGAAUGACCUGUUCAGGGACCUAAUAGACGUAACUGUGGUGAUUUAUCUAGAUGACAUCUUGAUCUUCUCAGAAAAUCCAGAAGAGCACACAAACCACGUAAGAGAAGUCUUGUCCAGACUCAUGAAGAACCAACUAUUCUGCAAGUUAUUGAAAUGUCACUUCCACAUCACCACAGUCAACUACCUCAGUAUUGUCAUAACCCCUGCAGGGUUCUCUAUGGAUCAAAAGAAGGUUGAGGCAGUUACGUCAUGGCCCCAACCCAAAACGGUCAAACAGGUCCAGGCCUUCUUGGGUUUUGUCAAUUACCUCCAAUGUUUUAUUCCAAAUUUCAGCUCUGUGGCACAACCCCUUCACAAUCUUACCAAAAAGGAGAUCCCCUGGUCAUGGGGGAACCUGGAGGAAGAAGCGUUCCAGGAACUGAAAUCACUUGUCACCCAGUCACCAGUCCUAAUCCAUUCCAACCCUGAAUUGCCGUACUAUCUGGAAACAGACGCAUCAGGAGUAGCCAUGGGCGCCAUACUAAGCCAGAGAGGAACAGACAAUUGGUUGCACCCUAUUGCCUAUAUGUUGAAAUCCUUCUCAGGUGCAGAAGCCAAUUAUGACACCCACAAUAAGGAACUCCUAGCCAUCAUCAAGGCCCUGGAGGGAUGGCGCAUCUUUUUAGAAGCAACAGAUAGACCCAUACAGGUGUUCACAGACCAUUGGAACUUAGAAUAUUGGAUGCAGGCACAAACUUUCAACUGUAGACACGCUUGA